AUGGAAUUGAUAAAUAUAAUAAUAAAUUGCAAGACUUUCAUGAUAGAUUUGCAUUCAAAAGGUUCAGAAGGCUCUUUGAUUGAUAUUUACUCUUUUAUGGAAAAAGCAUCCUCGUUAAACUACAAGGAAUCGUUGUUUAAUUUUACCGCCUUAAAUGUGCUGAAAUUUUUAUUUAAUUUAUCGAAAAUACAAAGCAAAGAAAUGGAUAAAGCUAUUAUUGUAAAAAUCUACAAUCAUCAUUUGGAAAAUAAAAGAAUGAGAAAAGAAUAUAAAAAUGUAAUUGUGGAGGGUGAUGGUCCAGUUGGUUUAUAUGCUGCCUUCGAACUCUUUAUGGAGGGAAUGAAUGCAACUCUUGUAAAUAAUCGUCCUGAAGAUUACACACGAAAUCGAUUUAUCUUUUUUGAUCCAAAAUGGAUGCCAAAAUUACGUUUCUUUUUGGGUUCUGGAUUUGAUAAAUUAUCUUUUGGUAAUAAAAAGAGAAAGAGAACAUUGGGAAGAAUUCCUACUAAAGAAGAUGUGUUAAAAAUAAAAAAUAUGGAAAAUGUUUUGAAGGAACGAGUAAAAAAUUUAUCAAAUUAUAUAAAUGAAAAAGAAGGAAAUCAAAAAGGAAAAUCAUUUUUGAAUUUGAUCUAUAAUACAGCAGUUUUGGACAUAAAUACUGAAGAUGAAAAGCCUUUGGUCAUCCUUGGUGCUCCAAUGAAUCGUCCUCAAUCCUUUGAUUAUGCUCAUUUAAAGCAAAUAUUAACGAAGUAUGAAGGGAUGACAAUUUUCGAAUCAAAUGAAAAUAUAGGAAUUCCUUUUGAUUUGAUUUUUUGUGAUUUUAUUAAACAAAUUAAAUAUGAUUCUGUUAUUCUCAAUAAAAAGCAAAACAAAAAAAUUUUCAAAGAAAAUCAUCAGAAAAUGUCUUUUAAAAUUCAUUCGAUGGAUAGCAGUUUAUUAGUCAAUUUUGAUCAUUUAACUAAAAAAUCAUUUUUCAUUACUCAAAAUAUUAGAAAUCGUUAUUAUUAUAUAUUUCAGAUGAUUUACUAUGGUAUGGAAGAAAUAAAAGCUAAUACUCAAAUUCCUUUGACUAGAACAGGCAAAGUUUAUAAGACAACCUCAGAUGGAAAAUUGGAUUUUAGAGAUCCUUACAAGAAUGGUGAAUUUAUUUCUGUCCAAAUAUUUGACACUGAGACAACAAUACAAAUUGAAUCAGAAAAACCUAUGGCAAUUGUUGAAUUAAUUGAAGAAGUUAAAAAUGAAAGAGAGGAAUUGGAAGAGAUGAACGAUGAGGAAUUUAGGAAAAGAUGGUAUGAAGCAAUUAUCGACGAGUUAAAAUUCAAUCAUGAUAAAGAAGUUGAUAAAAAAUUAAAACGGAUAAAAUUAAGAGGAUUGAAUAAGAGAAGAUACCAAGAAUUCAGAGAAAAAAGUCGCGGAGAAAAUUUAAAAAGAAUAGAAUAUGAAAACUAUAAAAAUAUGCGAAAAGAAUCAGAGGAGAUUCAAAACAAACAGAAUAAAUUAUUGGAAGAAAAGAUAAAGAAUUUAAAAAUCGAAAAUGAUAAAUUAUUUGAAAAAGGGCUGUUAAACAUUGAAGAAGAACAUGAAAAGAUGUUGGAAAAAUAUGAUGAUUUUAUCGUUGAAUUAAAAGAAAGAUGGUUUAAAGCAAUAUUGUAUCAUGUAAUUAAAUACAAAAGUCAAGGAAAAAAGAAGGUGACAAUUAAAUUAAGCAAGGAAAUCAAAGAAGAGGAGCAAACUGAAAAAGGAGAAGCAAGUAGUAGCAAUAAUAUUGAAACAAUUCAUAAUGAACAGGACGAACAUAUUCUUUAUUUUGACAAAAACAGUUUAAUUAGAAAAACAACUGUGGAAAAAAUUUAUGGAAAAGAAGUCAAUGUAACAUUGAUUAAAGAGAAAAGAGAUUCAGGAAUUCUUGUGAGUAUAAACGAUGAAAAUACUGCAGGUAAAAUAAAUGAAGGUAAGUUUUUUGAAAAUAAAAUGAGGGAGCUAGUAACUAGAUACGAACUUUUCACAUAG